AUGAACAUAAGACUUUUUAAUCUUUUGUGCCUCUUAAAUCUAUCUGUUAUUUGUUCUGCAGUCUCUUCAAAGGAGACAGCAAUGGAUGUCGAUAUUAUUCAGAAGCUAACCGAGAAGUUAAAUUUGUUGGAACAAAGGUUGACAAGAAAACAUCCUCACCUACAUAAUAUGAAAGACAAAUCUUUAUCAAAUGAAAACAGCAAUAUAGUAAAUGAGAGAUGGAUUCGCAAGAUGGAAAAUCGUAUUGAGACAUUGGAAAAUACAAUCUUGGAGAAAAAUUGUGAUAAAAAGUUUCCUUUGCUUGAAGAAACUGUUAUGGAACUCUCAAAACAAGUAAAACAACAGGUCCUUUAUAACGAACGUACAGAGAGACUGGAAAUUAUUGUUCGUGACCAAGAAAAAACUAUUGUCCAGUUAAGACAGGAAGUGAUACAUUUUAAGCAACCUGGGUCUGCAAUUCAGGAUUUCCUUGUUCCAACAGUAGGAGAACACGAUAAAAAUGGAAAUACUAAAGAUGAUAUGAAGAACAAAUCGGGAAUCACGCAACGGAUAGGAAGCACUGCUGCAUCUUCUGGUCUACGAGAUAUUGUUUCUAAUAAAAAAAGAUUGCUUCUCCCCGCCACCCAACAACCAGUGACUUCUCCAACAAUUAUAGCUUUUUAUGCAUACAUGGCUGGAGACACUCCCUCUAUUACAAUACAAUAUCCUUUGGUUUUCGAUGUCGUAAAGACUAACAAUGGAAACGGUUAUCACCCCUCAACAGGGACUUUCAUUGCUCCAGAGACCGGAGUAUAUGUGUUUACCUGGACUAUAAGAGAAAUUGGGGAUUGUCGUCACUCAACUCAGUUGAUGGUAAAUACCUCGGAAAUUGGAAUAAUUCACGUGGACGUUGAUCCCGGUCUUGACUUGGCAGUAACUGGAGUCGUGGUCACGCAUGUCAAUGCAGGAGAUGACGUAUACGUUAGGACGCACGCAAAUUGGAAUAAUUGCAAUAUUAUUAGCAAUGGAGCAGGCAGAUCGUCCUUUGCAGGAUGGAAACUAUCUUAAGGAGAGUACACAAAUAAAAUGA